CGCCGCGCUGGCCGCCCGUUUGCCUGCUCGAGCCGCCCCAGCGUUAUCAACACGAGUCCGCGCUAUCAGUGGAUUGUGCAAGUGAUACUGACUUAACUCGUGAUACAAGUGUUAACUGAGUGUUGUGGGUGACAGCAAUUAGGACUCGGCGGCAGUUCUUUAGCAGUUAACAACACUCGAUUCGCUCGGUGAGUGCACUUGAAAUUGACGUGUGAGUGCUCUCAUUAGGAAACUCUAAUAGCUAAAAUAAUGAUGUUUACAUGAGGUGUAGAACUGUGUCAUAAUCAAUGGAAUAAGCAUGGACGAGUUGUCAAGUGGUGUAAUAGAGAAAGGGCGAUAUGGGAUGAGAAAGUGCAAGUGAGAGGGCACGAUGGGGACCAAGAUGCUGCUUUCGCUACUGUUGCACUGCUUCUACGUGACUACGGCUUCGAGUCCCGGCACAGGUCUAGGUGUCCUGCCAGCAUUGAGCAGCGUAGAGAGAACAGAGAGGCCCUACUUUGACGAUGUGUCACCGAGGAAUGUAUCGGCAGUGGUUGGCGAAUCGGCGGUGCUACGAUGUCGCGCAAAACACAUAGGAAAUAGAACUGUCUCAUGGAUGAGGAAGCGAGACCUGCAUAUUCUGACCUCUCACAUCUUCACCUACACUGGAGAUGCAAGGUUCAGUGUCCUACAUCCAGAGCCCUCGGACGACUGGGACCUGAAGAUUGACUACGUCCAGCCCCGAGAUGCGGGCGUCUACGAGUGUCAAAUCAACACUGAGCCUAAAAUUAAUAUGGCCGUUAUGCUUAGCGUUGAAGAUGAGUCCUUCACCCCCGCGCCCCAGCCUCCGCCCCGAUCCUCAGCUGCUGCAGCCACUAUAUGGGGGUCGCAAGACGUGUACGUAAAGAGAGGCAGCACGAUAUCGCUGACCUGCUCCGUCAAUGUUCACUCCUCGCCUCCCUCCAGCGCUUCAGUGCUGUGGUACCACGGCAAUGCUGUGGUGGACUUCGAUUCACCUCGAGGAGGAAUUAGCUUGGAGACAGAAAAGACGGAAGGCGGUACUACUAGCAAGCUGCUAGUCACUAAGGCUGCGCUAACAGAUUCUGGAAACUAUACAUGUGUUCCCAACAAUGCGCACCCGGCUUCUGUGUCCGUUCAUGUACUCAACGGCGAGCAUCCGGCCGCAAUGCAGACGAGUAACAGAGCGACGUACCUAACAUCUCAGCUGAGCUGUGCUUUCAUCACCUACCUGCUCUCCUCAAUGGCCGGCAGAUGAUCACCCUUCCCACUCAUGAUUUGAGAUGGAAAUUUUGUUAUUUGAACUUAACUCGUGUUAAGAAUACUUUUAAAGUGUGAAAUUCUUCAUACAUUGUUCGCUGUUAAAAUAAUUUGUAUGCAAUUAAAAUGCAUUUUUUUAAUUAAUAAAUCAUCAGGAAAAUUCAUAUAGUAUACAAAGAGACGCGUAAAAUGUCGUAGCAGACAAAUAAACUAGAAUAAAGUACACUUUUGCUUCGACUGAAUUUAUCAGCUGAUAUUUCCAAUUCCCAUUCAGAAUUCUGAUAAUUUCGUUAGAAAUGCAACCUGUCAAAACUGUUGAAAUAUUUAAAUAUCCUAAAAUAGAUAACAAUAAUACGUUUAUCAUUUGAUUGGCUUCUAUUUUUACCGCAAAUAUAAUCUAAUUUAUCUUUGAAUAAUUUGUUUUCUGCUCAUUGAGUCGUGUGAUCUUUUGAAACAAACAAAAAUUUCGUCUCAAACAACUGAACGUGAUUUAAUUAGAUUAAUUACUUGAAAUACGUUAGAAUAAUAAUUCUAAGAACUACUUCAAAAUAUGUAUAGCAUUGAUCUUCUCAUUAAGUCUGUAUAUUGUUUAAUAAACAACGAAAUUACUCGCCAAGCAUUGCAGGCACAAUUAUUAGAUCGUUUGUUUGUUUGAACUUUUCAAUUUGAGUUAAUUUUUGGCUAAUUAUGAGAAGAUGAAAUUGUUAUAUAAAUAGCUUAGUGUUUCACACGUGAUUACAAAGAACUUCGAUUUUUUUCAUUAAUUCUUUAACAUUUAAAUUGUUUUUUAUUUAGAAAGAUUUUUGAAAUCACGUUAUCAAUACUAUACUAUAAGCUAAACAAAUAAAUCAACACAUUACGAAUGCUUAUAAAGUCCUAAUUUAUUAAUUACUCUAAGUACUGAAAAUAUGUGAUAUUAUUUUACGAUAUUAUCGAAACCAAUGUUUGCAGAUUAUGUAAGUCGUUAUAACGUACCUACUAAAAGGAAACAGUGAAGUCUAACCAUAAAUAAGGGUAAACUGCAUGACUUAGGUCAAAUCUUUACGAAAUAUAUUAAAAUUAGACUAAUAUAAUACUAAUAGUAUUAUCGUUUGAUGUUAUGUACCUAAUUGUAAAAAACGCCAUUUAACGGUUUCAGUGUAAAAAUGAUAUUUCGUAAAGAUGGCUUCUUCUUUCCACAAUUUACAUUCCAUUACGAAUUUGUGAAUGGCCAGAAUGUAAAUAAAAUAAAUACGUAAAUUAGACUAAUGCGUUGUAAAUAAUUAUUGUUGUAAAUAAAAUUAUUAUCAGUUAGUAGUUGCAGUUGAGAUGUUUAUGUUGUUCUUAGAACAUAAUUUACUAGGUGAAUGUGAGGGAGAUCUCUUCUCGACUACUUUCGAGGUAAAUUUCAGGUAAUUUAUCAACUUCAAUCAUGACAGCUUAAUAAAGACAGUGAUUAAAAACUGGAUAAGUUUGUUCUCAUAUUCGGAAGUUUAAAACACAAAGUACGAAAGAAAGAAAAAAGUUCCGCGAGUCAAACUGCACUUGCACCGUGACGUCGGCCAUUGUUUCUCGUAAAUAAAGACAAGAGACAAAAGAUCAACAAUGUGCCAGAUUUGCAAAGAUUUCUCAUUAAUACUGAGGUACAGGUUCGGCUGUUAUUAGAGGCUUUUUUUAAAGAAAAACUACUCCUCGAGGGUACUACUCCUCUACCGAAUUUAACAAAAUUGCUGUUAGCUUAACUUUAAAUUUCUAAGAAGAGAUCUCCGUAAUAUAAUUAGAAAAUAAAGACAAAUAAAUUAAAUGGUUAUUAAAAUUCUAUCGACUGUUUUCAUAAAUUAAUCUUUUAACCAUUCUGUUAACAUAAUGUAGUUUUAAAUUACGCUUCAAUCAUGGCAAUUUCAAAAUGGCAAUAGACAGUUACAUUACAGAUGUCUCCAAUGGAAUAUUUCAUUAAUACUUAUUUUAAUAUAAAUAUAAGUGUAUUUCCAUUAAAAUACGAUUUUGACACAAACUGAGCGAAGCGUAAUUUUAAACGUCUCUAAACUCCUCUUUCCAUAAAAUCUUGUAAAGUAAAAUAACUAAUAUAGCUGUAGAUGGUCGUAACUAGCUAUGUUCCUUAGUAGCAGUUAUAUACGGGCUCAUUUGUACGUAUGUACGUUUUUAAGAGAAUGUUACUCAUUGGAAUAUUAAUUUUCUUUUGUAUUUUGUAAAUACCGUAAUAAGGACAGGAGUAUUAUUAAUAAACAUUUUAAAUAAUUA